AUGUUAAUUUUCAGCAUUUUCAUCACCCCACCACCAUAUCCAGGGUACACAUCUUGCCUAGGAUCGAUUACGAGAAAUCGCAGAGGAGAGACUACAUUCACGUCGUUCGGAGAGAGUAUCUCCAGACAACCUGGUAAGGCUGCUGCAUCAUACGCAUGA